CUCACCACCAAAUCGGAGCCGUAUCACUCACAGGGCCUCACCCUGGGGAGCCCAACUCGAAAAUGGCGACCAGUCUCGCUCACAGAGCAACAGCCGAUCGGGGCUUAUUGAGGCUCACGUCGAGCUUCGUCAGAAGCUUCAGCGCCGCAACCCCAAACCCUACUGACGCCGCCGCAGCGGCAGCUGCUGCUACACCGGCGGCGGCGGCGGCCACGAAACCGAAGAAGAGAAAGAAGAAGAACCUGUUCGAGGUGGCGCAGUAUCUGCCGAACUGGGGACUUGGGUACCACAUGGCCAAGAGCCACUGGGUCGGCGUUUCGUAUCAGAUCACCAAGAUCAAUCUCUACAAGGAUGGGAGACAUGGAAAGGCAUGGGGAAUGGUUCAUAAAGAAGGCUUGCCAGCUGCAGAUGCCCCCAAGAAAAUAAGUGGAGUCCACAAGCGUUGUUGGAGGUACAUUCCAAGCUUAUCUAACUCAACCGAGAGUGUUCCAUGUAUGACUAAACCAACAGAAACUGCUCCAGCAACACCUGAAGUUCAACCAGCUUGAUGCAUUUCCUCCUUUUUAGGGAUUGUGUUGCCUGAUUUGUAAUUGUCUGAUGUUAUUUUGAAUCUCUUAGUUGUACUCCAAUAUUUUUGCCCAGAUAUGAUACUUACUCUAAUAAAAUCAGUUCUAAUAGAUUUGAUAA